AUGAUUCAACCCUUCGUGGAUCGGCCCUUCGUGUAUGCUGGUACUAAGUCUAAGAGGCGUAACGCUGCUCCUCACUUGAGGAAAUGGGGUCCGUUCUACUGCGUGGUUUUGGCCACUGUUGGUGUUAUGGCUGAUCUUACUCGUCAUGUUCUGUUGGAUUCCAAUAAUUGGUUCAUGACCGACUCUAAAACAGGGAAGGUUGUUAAAUUCCACUUUAAUGAUUGUUCGUACGAAGUGGAGAAGGUAAAUGGUAUCACCGACAGCUGUCCUGAUGUUGGCCUUGGUCCUCUGUAUGUAACCGAAGAGAAUGCGCUCGGCGUCGAUGUUCCAAUGUACAACCCGGAUGGAUCUUAUUCGGUGUAUGGUAUAUGGCUCACGCUGUUUGCUACUUGGGCUGGUUUCAUUCUCAUGUUCGUUGGUAUUGCAUGGUAUGAACGUAAAUUACUGAGCUAUUGCGAGUACAUGGAGACCCAGUUGGCCCAGAAGAUCCGCAGAGGGAAGGCUAGAGUGGCCACAGAAAUACCAGAUAUAGAGGUUCCCGCCCAGAAUAAGGCGAAAAUCGAUGAACUGCGGAGCAAAAUCAACGGUCUGGUCAAAGAGGCCGAGGGUUUGGCGGAGAGAGGCCGCUUGAUUGACUCCGAAAAGAAAAUGGCGCAGAUCGAGCCGCUAAAUGAUAAAAUUCGUGACUUGAGUGGUGAGAAGUACCUCCAUAUGACGCGUACUGAACUAGUUUGCGACGUUUGCGGCUGUCUGGUAACCCUCAAUGAGAACGACGCUCAUAUGACUCUAGAGAAUCACGAGCAUGCACGUGGCAAGCAGCAUCAAGGUUGGGCUAAGAUCAAGGAGACCAGUAAAGCGCUGAGAGAGAAAUUCGCGUCGGCCAGAGGCAUGCCUUUAUCACCACCAACGAGGGAAGCUCCGACCAUGGAGAAAACUCCUAAUGAACGCAGAUCCCCGACGCGGUCUGGAAAUAAGGAGGUUGAGGAGAAUCUGAAGGAGACGAGGAAUGGCCCCGAUGCGAAUGAACGGAAGAGUGGGGAGUCUCAGUCGAAGGUCGAAGAUUGGAGGACCCAUCUCUCUAAGAUGCGUAGGUCUCCGUUAGAUUGUAUACAUCGUGCUUUGCUUGGUGUUCGCGUCGGAGUAUCGACUAUUGGUUGA